UUUGUUAUCAUUAGUUAAUUCAUUAGACAGUGAACUAACAAUGCACAACAUCACUGUACAGCUUUAAAUGUUAAAAAUAUAUUAGUGUAUGUAGUUUACAGAAUAAAUUCUGUAAAGUUAUUGUAAAGGCAAGCAUUACUAUUACUAUUGAACUAUUGUACAAAAGUUUUCACUGGUGUGCUACUAAUAUGUACCACUUAGGAACUAAUAUGUACACUUUUGUGUACCUUUAAGGUAAAAAUAUGCUAAUUUAGGGGUAAAUAGGGUAAAAAUGGACUGUGUUAUGAUGUCUUUUUGCACUUUUUUGAAGCAUGAACAGAAACGAUAAGUGUGUGUGGAAGUCUUAUGGGUUUGGAAUGACAGGAAUGUAACCAACUUACAUGUAAUAUGAAGGAUCUGUCUUACAAGGACCGUCACUGGCAUGAUGACUGCUUCCACUGCUUCAAAUGUCACCGUUCCUUGGUGGACAAGCCGUUCUCCACCAAAGAUGAGCAGCUACUAUGUACUGAGUGUUACUCCAAUGAGUAUUCCUCGAAAUGUUUUGAGUGCAAGAAGACAAUCAUGCCAGGCUCCAGGAAGAUGGAGCACAAGGGGAACAGCUGGCAUGAGACCUGCUUUACCUGCCAGCGCUGUCAGCAGCCUAUUGGAACCAAGAGCUUCAUUCCUAAGGACAAUAAUAGCUACUGCGUGCCCUGCUAUGAGAAGCAAUUUGCACUGCAGUGUGUACACUGCAAGAAGCCAAUCACCACUGGGGGCGUGACCUACCAUGGCCAGCCGUGGCAUAAGGACUGCUUCUUGUGUACUGGCUGUAAGGAGCAGCUGUCUGGCCAGCGCUUCACCUCUCGUGAUGACUUUCCCUAUUGCCUCAACUGCUUCUGCAAUUUGUAUGCCAAGAAGUGUGCUGAAUGCACAACCCCUAUUAGUGGUCUGGGAGGCACCAAAUACAUCUCCUUUGAAGAGAGACAGUGGCACAACGACUGCUUUAACUGCAAGAAGUGUUUGGUGUCCCUGGUGGGCCGCGGCUUCCUGACGGAGAGAGAUGACAUCCUGUGUCCUGACUGUGGCAAAGACAUCUGAUCAGACAGCAUAGCACUGCAAUUCCUAACACUUUAUUAUUAUAUUAAAUAACAUUUAUUCUUAGAGUUAAAUAGCAAUCAAAGCUUUUAAAGAGGGUAAUAUAUUUGUCUAAUAAAAGUUUUCUUUAGAUAAUUAACUUUAAAGGAGCCUGUGCAUGCCAAGGCCUAUUAUUAUAAUAUUGUGUCUUGUUUUUGUGGUCAGGGUUCAAACCAAAAGAAACAUAUGUAGUGUGAAAAUUAUUAUUUUCAUUUUAAAUAUAGAACCAUAAUGUACAAUGAAUGUUACAUUUUAUAGUAUAAUUGCCUAUUUUACCUUUUUUGUGACUAACAUUUGCUUUUGACUCAUUGAUCAAUAUUUGUCAUUUACCGUCUGUGUGUAGAAUUUGCUGUAGCUCAUAAUACAUUUCUGAAUGAAAAAGGCUCAGUACUGCUUAUA